ACAUUUUCGAUUUUAAGCCAAGUUGGCAUCUUCUAGAUAAACGUUUAUAUCCUGGACUCAAACCUGUCUUCAAUAGCUCGCCAACCACUGUAACAGCAUGGACAGACUGAAAUUCAACAAUUUGGUGAUAACCAACAAGAAGCUUAUUCAGAAGGCGCGGGCACAGACGAUCGCCAAGCUUGUUCAAAAGCUGCGGAAGACGAAAGAUGUUCUGGCCAAAAAUCCAGACAGUGAAAAAGAGAAGAUUCGCCUGCGGAAAAGCAGCGAAUGCCUGACCCAGCUAAAGUCCCUAAAAUGUCUGGAGAUAGUCCGUCAAUCGCUUCUGCAGGAGGGCACAAAUCCCAACGCAGUGAUCGCUAACGAGCGAUCCACUCCGGAUGAACUGGGCAUCGCCAUGUUGCGCCUGAACAAACUGAUGCACGGACUGGUGGACACCUUUGCGAAGACGCUCAAGCUGAGCGCUGACAGGGAAGCCAAGUGGCGCGAAGAGAUCCUGGAGACGAGCAAGCGGCGCGUCAAAAUAGAGCGUACUGAGGAACGGAAGCGAAAACGCAAAGAGCUAAAGGAGCAGAAGGCCCUAGCAAAAAACAGAUUAGAGUGGUUGGAGCAGAAUAAAGUGGCGGGAUCAGCAGUGGAGGAAGCGCCAACUCUUCAAUUCGACCAAGAAGAAAAAGUAGAAACCUUUCAGUCUACAAUCAAACCAGAGGCAAACCAAGCUUUACCCAAAGAAAAGAAGGAGAAGAAAGUCAAAGACAAGAAACUAAAAGUAGAAAAAUCCCUUAGUACAAAAGACAAACAAUCAAAAUCAGAUAAGUCUGUGCAACGUUCUAAAAAAGAAUCUGUUAAAAAAGCCAAUAAAGAGCAGGCAAUUUUUAAAGAGAACCAGCCACAACAAGAAGUCAAGUCUAAAGAACCUAAACCUAAGCCUCUGGAAAGAAAAGCUGCCAAGCAACAAAAGGUCAGACCUCAAGUAGAGAAACAACUUAGUAUUGAUGAAGAAGAGGAACCCAAAGUUGACAAUAAUCGUCCCACACAUGUUGAAGAUCCCUUUUUCAUCACGGAAUCGGGACAGCCUUACCUGUCCACCGCCGUCGUUCUUUCCGGGGACAAUGACAGCGAAGCUGAAGAGGAGGAGAGACCGCCGACAGCUAAAAAGUUCCGAAACGAGGAGAGAAGGACGAAUACGUACCGGGAAAAACCCGAAAGACAGUCGGAGUUCAAAGCGAGGAAGCCAGCUGAUGAUCGUCAUCCCUCCUGGCUGGCCAAGCAGCAGCAGACACCAAUUAUCGGUGAUUUUAAGGGCAAGAAGAUCACUUUCGGCGAAGAUGGGGAAGCGUCAGAAAUUAAAACUCCUAUUGUUAAUCCUUUGGCCUCCUCGACUAACACUCCUUCAUCAAACGAAGGCAUGCACCCAUCUUGGGUUGCGAAGCAGAAGUUUAAGCCCAAAAUCGCCGCUUUCCAGGGCACCAAGAUUAAGUUUGACGAAGAUUAAAAGAGUUGACGGUAUUUUGUUGUUUUAAUCACUAAAUAACUGCAUAACUGACCGGCUUAAGAGCCAACUUUGGGCACAUAGUGACCUCUAAUCUUGUCAUCGUUGCACAGUUUGUCCACAUCAACGUCGGGAAACUGGCGACGCAGCACAU